AUGGAAUUCGACGAAAUCGUCGUCAAAGACACGCCGGGUUUGUGCCGGUGUUGUUUGUCUGAAGGAUGUUAUAAGGACUUGGGCACUGAGUAUCCAUGGAUGGAUGAAACAGAAGUAUACGCUGAUAUGUUAUUGGAGUGCUUUGAUGUUAGCAUAUCCCAGCACAUCGAAGGUCCGAACGGCCCCAACCGAUUAAUCUGUGAAGUGUGCAUCACAAGACUUAGAGAUGCAUGUAAUUUUAAAAAACAAGUUCUGGACUCGGAAAAGAAGUUUAUUGAUAUGGUCGGUCGUGGAGCGUUUAAAACUAAAGUACUGCUGUAUCCAGAACAGAUGAAGUCGGAGACUCAGGAAACGGCAGCCGAUGAAGCAGAGAUUGAAUAUCUUGAUGAGGACGUCGAUUAUGAUGAUAUACCACUCAAUGAAUUGGCAGCACCUUCAGUAUCAGAAGACAUUACAGUAGCAACAUUACCAGUAGCAAAACGAGGUAGACCAAAAAAGACUGUGAAAAAUGAGAAGAAAAAAAUUGAUGUCAAAUUAAAAACUAAAUCAAAAGGUUCAAUGCCAAAGACGGCGUCCGAGGCAUUGAGUAAGUCCUUGACAGCAACGAAACUUAAUAGGCUAGUGAAACUGAACGCUAUUACGGUCCUGGAAUGUUCAAAAGUAAUGCCAUUUAAAUGGCAUCGCCACAGCUAUUUGUGUUUCUAUUGCCAUCGGAGUUUCAAAUCCAUUCAAACCCUGAAAAAUCAUACUAGUGAUGGGCACAAAGAUUCUAAUGUUAAAUCAGCUGUUUCGUAUUUAAAAAGUGAUGAGAAGGUCAAAAUUGAUAUAUCAGAUUUGGGAUGCCGCAAGUGUAAUGAUGAUUUUGAUAAUCUAGAUGAUUUAAUCGAACAUUUGAGGACGGUUCAUGAAAAGUCGUUCUAUGAUGGUCACGACUACGGACUGAUUCCUUACAAAUUGUAUGAAGAUAAAUACGUUUGCGCUAUCUGUAUGAAGGAUUUCCAAUAUUUCAUCAAAUUGAAUCAGCACAUGAAUGAGCAUUACGGUAACUUCGUGUGUGAUGUAUGCGGCAAGUCUUUCCUCAAUAAAGACAGACUGCGUUGCCACAUAAGGAGUCACGGCUCCGGUUUCCAAUGUGCUGUUUGUAUGGAAAAUUUCGAUUCUCUAACCCAGAAAACUAAUCAUGAAUCCUCAGUACAUAAUAAAAGACGUAUUAUAAGAUGCAAUUUCUGCUCGCAGACUUUCAAUAACUAUUCGUUGCGUAAAUUACAUCAUAGUUCCGUUCACAAUGUUGCAAUAUCGGUCACCAAUUGCCCUGUAUGUGGUAAAAAGUUCCAUAUAGCCAGUAAAAUGUGGUCUCACAUGAAGGAAGUUCAUGUUAGGGAGAAGAAUUUCUCUUGCAGUCUCUGCGAACAGAGAUUCUUUUCACGAACUCACGUCCAGAAGCACAUGAUCAAACAUAUAGGAGAAAAGGUCCAUAAAUGCGAUGUAUGUAAGAAGUCCUACGCAAGGAAACAGACUUUGAGAGAUCACGUGAGAAUACAUCACAACGACAGAAAACAUGCGUGCGCUAUAUGUGAUCAUGCGUUCGUGCAACAUAACAGCUUGCGUAAAAAUCAAAAAGGCUGUCAAUCGUCGUCGAUGCGUAGGAGAAAGAAUCUUCAGAUGUUGUUUAAUAACACAACAGUUAUACCAUUUAAAUGGAGAGGAAAAUAUCUAUGUUUUUAUUGCAGUAAAAAUAUAACCGAGUAUUCAGAAUUACGUAAACAUACAAAGUCACAUGGGCCUUGUUCAACUGACGAUCAUUCGCUGAAAGUUUUAAAGGGUGGGAAGAAUAUGGAGAUUAAAAUUGACGUGUCAGAUAUUUGUUGCGAGGUUUGCAAUGAAGAAUUUAAAAUUCUGGACGAUAUAUUGGAUCAUCUUUGCGUGAAACAUAAAUUGGAGUACGAUAGAAAUGUAGAAAUGGCGAUUGAGGAAUAUCGCUUAAUGGACCUAAGCUGUUUGAUUUGUAAAGAGAAGUUCGCGUAUUUCGGUUACUUAGUGUCCCACGUUAAUAAUCACCAUCCUAAAAACUGUCUUAUAUGCGACAAAUGCGAACAGAAAUUCAAUAAGAAAAGAGAUUUAUUCUCCCACAUAAAAAACUAUCAUCGCGACGGUGGAUACAAGUGCGAUGUUUGUCCACAGAGCUUUAGUUCUUUAAAUAUUUUGCGAAAACAUAGAAGUAAUCGACAUUUUACUAGAUGCAACAUUUGCCAGCUAAGACUGCCGUCAGCUAUUCUUAAACAGAGGCAUAUAGAAUUGGAACAUCCGGAUAACGGAUCACUCCAAUGUGAUGCGUGCUACAAAGACUUUCAUACUAAACAAGGCCUUAAAAUGCACUCAAGGAAAUGUAAAGGCGAUAUAUUUGAUAUUGCGAUCAAAAAGGAGGAAUGCGAUCUUGAAAUUGAUCAGGAAGAGAUAAAACGACCGAGUGUCAAACAAAUCCGUGAAAACAUCGUUAUAGUUAUAAACAUGUCGACAGCUAUACCGUUUAAUUUCUACAAAAAUAAAUUUAACUGCUUCUACUGUUCCAAAGACUUCGCCGAUUCGGAUUCAAUGCGAGAGCAUACCAUAAUCGAGCAUCCUAUUUGCGAUGUCAAAGAAAAGUGUAUUAGAAAAUGUAGGGAAUCCGUAGCUUGUGUGAAAAUUGAUAUUUCCAGCUUAGCUUGUAAGGUAUGCUUUGAAACGAUGGAUAAUUUAGACGUUUUGUUGGAUCAUCUUAUAUUAAAACACGAAGCUAAUUACGAUAAAUCUAUCACUACUUGCCUCCAACCUUACAAACUCAUAAAAGAUCAUAUGGCUUGCCCUAGCUGUCCAACCGAGGUUUUCCGAUUCUUUGGCACGUUACUCAAACACGUUAACAAUAAACAUACAGAUAACAAUAUUAUAUGUGUGUACUGCGGGCAGACUUUUCGUAGAGAUCAAAAUCUACGCGUUCAUAUAUGGAGACAUCAUAGGGACGGUAGAUUCAAAUGCAACAUAUGCGGCGCGGAUUGCAAUAUACCCUCUAGGCUGUACAUGCAUAUGGCGAAAGCUCAUGGCGUAAAAGCGGCAAAGUGUCCUAAAUGUUCAGAAUCUUUCGCCACUCAAUAUCUGAGGCAGAAGCAUCUGAUAGAAGCUCAUGAUUCUGGCCACAAAUGCUCGUAUUGCGGUAAACUGUUUACACGGAAUUCAUUUAUGCGCGAUCAUAUACGUAGGACGCAUUUGAAAGAGAAGAAUGUAGAAUGUUCAAUUUGCAAUAUGAAGUUCUUUAACAAUAUUCUGUUGCGGCGUCAUAUGGUCAAACAUAGCGGGGAGAAGAAUUUUCAUUGCGAUAUGUGUGGCGAACGAUUUUAUUGGAGGAAGAGCUUGAGAACUCAUAUGGCUAGGCACAACAAGCAUAAUGCUGUACCAUAA